AUGCUUGAACAGUACGCGGAGUCUAGGCUCACUUUCUUUCACUAUGGUGCGGAUACCUGGGAAGGGUCUUGGCUGGACUGUCGGACAGUCCCUUCUCUCGGGUUAAUUGGCCGCCUCCUGGCCACCCUUUCUGAACCUGCCGAAACAAGGUACACUUGGGACUCUCUCCUUCUCGCCGUUUCAGACCAACCUAUCCAACAUCGGCCUCAAUUCAGGUGCGCUGCUUGGGAAGCACGGCAACUUGUGCGGAGGACCUGGGGCCGCGAUGCGGGGCGGCUGAUUUGUGUUCGCUAUUUUCAAACAUGCACAAAUGUUUAUGUUUUGAAGCCAAAAUGUGUGUGUGUCUUCGGCUAUCCUUCACUCAAGUAUAGUCAUCCACAUUCCUUGCUCAAAACAACUGCUGCUCUAUGUGGACAGAUUGUUCAAUUCAAACUUUCAGACAUUGGAGAAGGGAUUAGAGAAGUAACUGUUAAAGAAUGGUUCGUAAAAGAAGGAGACACAGUGUCUCAGUUUGAUAGCAUCUGUGAAGUUCAAAGUGAUAAAGCUUCUGUUACCAUCACUAGUCGUUAUGAUGGAAUCAUUAAAAAACUCUAUUAUAAUCUAGAUGAUAUUGCCUAUGUGGGGAAGCCAUUAGUAGACAUAGAAACGGAAGCUUUAAAAGAUUCAGAAGAAGAUGUUGUUGAAACUCCUGCUGUGUCCCAUGAUGAACACACACACCAAGAGAUAAAGGGCCAAAAAACACUGGCGACACCUGCCGUUCGCCGCCUUGCAAUGGAAAACAAUAUUAAGCUGAGUGAAGUUGUUGGCUCAGGAAAAGAUGGCAGAAUACUUAAAGAAGACAUUCUCAACUAUUUGGAAAAGCAAACAGGAGCUAUAUUACCUCCUUCACCAAAAGCUGAAAUUGUGCCACCUCCACCAAAGCCAAAAGAUAGGACUAUUCCCAUACCUAUAUCAAAACCUCUGGUAUUCACAGGCAAAGACAAGACAGAACCUGUAAAAGGCUUUCAAAAAGCAAUGGUCAAGACCAUGUCUGCAGCCCUGAAGAUACCUCACUUUGGUUAUUGUGAUGAAGUUGACCUUACUGAACUGGUUAAGCUACGAGAAGAAUUGAAACCCAUUGCUUUUGCUCGUGGAAUUAAACUCUCCUUUAUGCCCUUCUUCUUAAAGGCUGCUUCCUUGGGAUUACUACAGUUUCCUAUCCUUAAUGCUUCUGUGGACGAAAACUGCCAGAAUAUAACUUAUAAGGCUUCUCAUAACAUUGGGAUAGCGAUGGAUACUGAACAGGGUUUGAUUGUUCCCAAUGUGAAAAACGUUCAGAUCUGUUCUCUAUUUGAGAUUGCCUCUGAAUUGAAUCGUCUCCAAAAACUGGGCUCUGUGGGUCAGCUCAGCACCACUGAUCUUACAGGAGGAACAUUUACUCUUUCCAACAUUGGAUCAAUUGGUGGUACGUAUGCCAAAGCAGUGAUAUUGCCCCCUGAAGUAGCCAUUGGGGCCCUUGGAUCAAUUAAGGCUCUUCCCCGAUUUAAUCAGAAGGGAGAAGUAUAUAAGGCACAGAUAAUGAACGUGAGCUGGUCAGCUGAUCACAGAAUUAUUGAUGGUGCCACAAUGUCACGCUUCUCUAAUUUGUGGAAAUCCUACUUAGAAAACCCAGCUUUUAUGCUACUAGAUCUGAAAUGAAGAUUGUUAAGAUGUUCUUGAACUUCUUGAGCUUCCAAAGAGUAUGUAAAGCUUACCUGUGCCAGCACAUAUUUAUCUUUACAAUUUGUAUUAUAAAUUAUUUGUAUUAUAUGAUUAAGGUUGUAGGGGCUGGCUGGCUAGCUCAGUUGGUUACAGCGUGGUGUUAUAACACUAAGGUCAAGGGUUUGGAUUCCCAUGUGUUCAGCUGUCUCCCCCCACUAAGGCACAAUAUUUAUUACUGUUCCAUUAGACUUUUUACUGAAACUGAAUAAUGGUGUAUUUGUUCUCCUGGAGCUGACACAUUUUAUAGGUCAGAAUAUGACUUCUUAAUACCUGUGUGGUGCUGAGGUCUGUGUGUCAAUGGAUUGAAACUGGUAAGAACUACAAAAUUAAUGUUACUAAAAGACAGCCAUAUACAUACAGUAUUUGCCCUGUUUCUUUUUUUAAACUGACUCUUAAUGAAAUUUUUUAAUUAUACUUAACUGGGAAAAGGAAUUUACAUAUAAAAAUAUUUUCCAUUUCCCCAUAAUCAUGCUAAUUGUUGUAUAAAAUAAGUGCAAUUAUACUUACCUGUUAAGAUAUCCAGGGCUGGCUGGUUAGCUCUGUUGGUUAGAGCUUGGUGCUGAUAACCCCAAGGUCCAGGAUUUGAUUACUGUACAGGCCAGCCACCAAAAAAGAAAAAAAAAAAAAUCCAGGAGUAUAUUCUUGCUCCAUGUAGAGAUUAUCAUCUGUAAAUGUCUUAUUUGUGUAAAUUAACAUCUUUUAAAAGGGAAAAUUAUAACCAGAUCUUAAAAAUGCCCAAUUGCAGUUUUAUAACCAGUAAGGCUAUUUAAGGUGUUUGUUGAAAAUGGAUAUACUUUUAGAAUUUUGGUAAUGGUUCGGUGUCUUGUUGGGAAAAACUUCACCUUUACAAACUUGCUUCGUGUAAGGAAGGUGUUUUCUUUUUUUUAAUUUUAAUUUAUCAAUAUACAGUGUAGUUGAUUUUCAUGUCCGUUUAC